GAGCACCUUGAAAUCUGUUUAUCGCUCAUAGAGGUACCUCGUUUGUUUUUCGUCUUGCUUUACCUCAUUCGUCUUCAUUUCUCCGUCAUCUCUGGGAUGAUUGGAACUAAGUCAGGUUAUCCUUCUAUUUUAGACAUCUCCAUGACAAUUAUUUGUUUGUUAAGUGAUCUGGGCUGCAGCAGCGUCAUGAAGGCAACACCUUAGACCAUUUUCGGUUCAUCUGCUUUUGUUCUAAAGCCUUGCUUUGUCAUCACCGAUCUGCCAGGUAAACGAGGACGCGAACAGGGCUUCAAGGUUCGCCGGUGGGCACUACUGCCAACGGUAAUUACGCACCCAAACACCUCUACACCUCGUGGUAAACACGACUGCAGCCAUGUCAAUUGAAUACACCAUAGAUAUUCAGCUAACUGAGAUGGGAUUCCCGGACAUCCUAACGCAGCAGCAGAGCUCGGCUGGAGGAACAUCCAGUCAUUCUCCUACUUCACUCUCCAGUGGCACACGCAAAUCUAAAAGGCUAUCCAAUGCUGAAUCCGAAGGAUCGGAGCCCAUAAAAACGAGCACGAAAGUAACUCCAACAGAGAGUCAACAAGAUGCAGAAACUACAGCAGCCGCAUCCGAGGACGAGUCGGAUGACAGUGAAGUAUCAGACAUAUUUGACGAAGAAGAGGAUGACGAAGAAGAGGGCGAGGGCGAAGAAGAGGAAGAAGAAGGAGCAAGCCACGUGUUUCCAGGUGGCCACACCUGCAGUGUCUGCUGUCUGACAUUUUCAACCAAAUUCAAACUCCAAGAUCACAUGAACCUGCACACUGGAGUUCGUCCCUAUCGCUGUGCGGAAUGUGGGAAGCGUUUCUCCCAGAACCGCAACUACCGAGUGCACCUUCGCACACAUGCACAGACCGUCACUGAACGCGUCCUGUGUCGUGUAUGUCAGAUGACUUUUGCCUCAAAAAGUGAUCUGGAAGACCAUCUGUCCACAACUCACCUUCAGGAUGAGUUUUACGAGUGCGACCGCUGCAAACGUGUGUUCACGUGCCUGAAGAUGUGUGAAGCUCAUGUGCAACUGCACAAAUGUAUGCCGGACACAAUGUGCAAAGUCUGUGGCCGGAAACUCUCCUCCCUAAAAUCCUUAGCACGUCACCAGAAGAGGACGUGCUGCGGCAGUUUCAAAUGCACCGAUUGCAUGCAGGUCUUUAGUAAGAAAGUUACCCUCCUGCGACACAGCUUCUCCCACCUGGGUUUGUUACCCUACACCUGCGCACAAUGUCACUGCCACUUCCGCCUGGCUAAGCUGUACCGUCAGCACAAAUGUCAACCUCAGAGCAUUCACUGUGUGGCCUGUUUGAGAGAGUUUCUGAGUGAGGAAGACUUCCAGCAGCACAAAAAAGACACUGGCUGUUGGGGCAACCAGGAGCCCAAAGGGGACGAGAUCCGAUGUUUGGAGUGUGGAGAGAAGUUUGACACUACUGAAGCGUUAAAGAAACAUGCCGGGGCUCACCAGAGAGUUCUGAAAUGUGCGGAAUGUGGAAAAGGAUUCCGGUCAGCCCUGCUAUUGAUGUCGCACAUGGGUGGCCAUGCCGGCAAGUCACCCUGCCUCUGUCAGAGCUGUGGACUGGGCUUUCCCCACCAGCAGAACUACGACAGUCACCUCAAGACCUGUGGACAGAACCCUCAGUCUGUGGCUGCUUCCAAGAAAAAGCAAACGCCAAAGAACUUAUUGUCAAAGGAAAGUGUUCUCGUAGAAAAACCUUCACCAAACACCUCCAUCUGUCCGGUGCUUGUGCCCAGUAAAAAUGAUGCAGAAGACGGGAUGUGGAAUCUAUCACUUGACAAAGCGCCCACACCUGGUGUUAAUCUCAUGCUCUUUGUUCCUGUCUGUUCCCAAAGUGACAGCCUGCCUCUCUCAUCUUCCAUUUCCGCAAACUUUGGCAUGGACACCUUUGUUGUAGGUCAGAUAGCUCCUACGGUGAAUUUGGUAACGAGCAAUAUGGUCGAAGAAUGUGAAGCACCUCUGGAUUUGUCCCAAAGGUCGGCUGUUGGCAACACUCCCCUUGGCACAGUCAGAAAGCCGUUAAAAGUGGACGUAACAGAAGAGGGUCAUAGUAUUCAAAGACAGGAUUUUAAAAAUGGUGACAGUAAAGUAACCUCCAAUGUAAAACCAGAAGAGGCAGAUAACGGUACUGCAGAAAUAUUGAAAAGUGAACCAACAGACCUCACGUCCUCUGAAAUGAUCCUAGAUGUGAAGACAGAACCAGAACAUCAGGCCUCUGGUUUGUAUCCAUCCACCACUCAUAAUUUGACACGCUAUCAACCCGAUAAGGAAAUUAAGAUGGAGGUUGACAUUUCUCCCUGAUGAUGCUGACGAGAAGUACAUGAGAUGGAACAAAAAAAAAAAAUCCAUUUCCAUUUUCUUAACUGAUUGUUUACAAAAAAGUCUUAGUUCAUUUUAUUGUCUGACACUGUUUACACUCAAAUACAGUUUGAAAAGAUUUGAGUUGCAUUUAAAAAUAUAUCAUUAAAUAUUUGCUUUGUAAUGCGGUUUAAUGCACAACCUCUGGAUUUGAUAGAACUGAAAUAUGAUCACUGGGUUUAGUUUGUUAAAAAGAAAUGUUAAUUCUAGGCAGAUAUUAUAUAUUUAUAUAAAAAUGUUUGUUUGAUUUUCUUUUUUUCUUUUUUUUUUAAGAUCAGUGCUUGAAUUUUUAAUGUUAGAACUAGUUCUACCAGGAUGGUCGACCAGUUCCAGUUUUACUCCUUUCCAUUGAGUCAUAAUAUUCCAUUUUGACAACAUAGUUUAUUAUAUUCCUUUUGGGAUUCAAAGCUUGUGUCGUGUAUCGUUUUGACCUCAAUUUUACUCUUUGAAUUAAAAACAUUUAAAUUUUUCUCUGUGUAACUAAAAACAUGAUAAAUUGUUUCCUUGCACGCAUUUGACACUGAUCUAUCUAAAACAUUUCCAUGUACCUGGUACUGUCAUAGAAUGAGAACUUGUGACUUAGUAGUUUAGUAUUUUCUUGUUGAUGUUUAGCUAACACAUAGUAUUGUUGGUUUCCUGCCUUUAAGAUUUUUAUGAAAUUCUUUGGUGAAUGACAAAAUUAUAGCACAACGUACAGUGUAAAUAUCCGAAACUUUAAAUACUUUUUAUCACUUAAAUGUCCUUCUUUUGAGAAUAAACCAAUGAAUAAUCGAGUAGGAAAUACA